CUUUGCCUUCGUAUAGUGGCGCUGCUCGAACUGAUUAAUACUGUUGAAUGGGUAAGCCUAAAGAAGAUGAACCAGUGUCAUUCACAGACACAAACGCCGAAACAGCCGCCGGAAACAACAAAGCGACCGGGUCGGCAAUGAUGGACUUAAUUACCGGAUUACAAAAAAAGCAAGAGGCUGAAAGGGAGGCUGGUGGUGGUAGCUCGACGUCCGCAUCAACAUCUACAAGUAGAAAGAAGAAAAAGAAGAAGAAGAAGACUAAGUACAAGAGAAAGAGAAGAAAGGAUCGUUACGAAUCUCAGAAUUACCUUUUGCGGAUAGAAGGAGUUCUUUGCUGUGCAUCUUUAGUGGUCGCAUUUAUAUUCGUUGUGGCGUUGUUUAUAGUAUUCCUUAUUUGUGGAAUAUGGAGUAAAUUCGACUUCUCAGCCACUACAGAAUCAGUCAAAGAAUAGGAAUCUGUAACGAU